AGUUUCUGAGGUCCAGGCUCUGGGAUUGAGAAGUUGCCCGCAUGUAUGUGCCGUUACUUAAUAUAGUACAGCAAUUGCAGUAGUUAAAGUUUAACGGGUACGUCAUCUUUACAACGCGUAUAUUACCGACCCAGGAAUCUGGGUAUGGUUAGUAUAGAAAUCGAUGACUUAAAGACCUUGCAAUAACUCGUCUUUUCCUCUUGCCCAUUCCUCAUAGUGUGCGGAGUUUCCCGUAUAUACUUGGACGCUUUACCCCAUAGCUGCAAUUCGUUGGCAAGCUUGGGACCGUCAGAACCAUGGCCACAGCUGAAUUUGCUGCCGCUGAAAUAGGUGGCUCGCAAUGCUGUAAUCUUGGAGAUCAUAAUCAGCGUUGCCGGAUAGUCAUCAUCGGAGGGGGUUCAGCGGCAUUCGCUGCCGCUGCCGCGGCCGCACCGUUCGCAGCCUCUGUUAAGAUUGUGAACGAAGGCUUACCCAUGGGCGGCACAUGUGUGAAUGUUGGCUGCGUUCCUUCGAAAUUCCUCAUCCAAGCGGCUCAUAUAAGCAGCCCCCACAAUUCCAGUCCGCCAUAUCAUGGGUUUUCGAACGUCUCUGAGAGAGUCAGCGACUUCGCUGCGUUGACGGCACAGAAUCGUCAGCUUGUGGAAGAUCUCCGUGAGAAGAAGUAUGCCAAUGUUAUUGCCGGAUUAAAUAAUGUUGAGUAUGUCCAGGGGCUGGGAAGGAUUCUCAGGAAAGGCGAUUAUUUCUCUAUCGCUGUCGAUUGCGGCAGCACUGAGGAAACGCCUUCCCGGGAACUACUUGCGGAUCGAGUGAUCUUAGCAACAGGUGUGCGCACCAGUCUUCCGAAGCAGUUGCUCCCGGAUUUGGAGAAAGUGCCUUAUCUCACAAACGAAACCGCUUAUUUCGAGCCUAUCCUACCAGAAUCUCUCAUCGUGCUCGGUGGAGGCUAUGUUGCGGUGGAAGCGGCCCAGAUGUUCGCACGACUUGGCUCUCGGGUGACGCUUCUGCAGCGAUCGUCACACAUUCUCUCCGACACUGAUGAAGAUAUAGGGCUGGCUUUAGCUGGCUAUUUGCGAGAGGAAGGGAUAGACGUGGUUGUGGGCCUCGAGAUAUUGUCUGCAACUCUUGAUGAUGGCAAGGUUAUGGUAACGGCGAGACUGACCAACGGAAAGCCCUGGACUUUUAAAGCAUCAAAGAUCUUCGUUGCCACUGGUCGCCGUGCGAAGACGGAAAACGUGUCAGAGGUACCGCUGCGGCUGUCUGAUUCGCCGCAUGGCGGAUUUGUUGUUUCAGAUACCUUACAGACUUCCAUUUCCGGGGUUUAUGCCGCAGGGGACUGUGUUGCUGGCUCGCCGCAAUAUGUGUACACGGCAGCAGCGGAAGGCAAACUUGCAGCGCUCAAUGCUCUGGCCUCGUUUAAUGGCCAAAAGGAGUCGCCGAUCGAUUAUUCAGUCGUCCCUUGGGUUGUUUUUUCAUCUCCAGCUGUCGCUGGAGUCGGUCUCGAUGUCCAUGAAGCCCGAGCCAAAGGCAUCGACGCCGAAACUUCCAUUGUCCCCCUCUCCCUCCUUCCUCGGGCCAUCGUGCAACAGGAAACACGUGGGUUUGUGACCUUGAUUCGGAAUAAGCAGGACGACACCAUUAUUGGAGCGCGUAUCUUGGCAGAAGAAGGCGGAGAGCUCGCUAUGGAAGCGUCCCUUUGUGUUCAACAUAAGAUCAAGGCCCAGGAACUGGCGGGGAUGUUCCAUCCGUAUUUGACGUGGAAUGAAGCCUGGAAAUUAGCAGCUUUGGGAUUUUCAAAGGACGUCAACCAGCUUAGCUGUUGUGCA